AUGAAUUGCUGUGGAUGGAUUUGUGGGCUGAAGAGGGAUACUUCUAAAGCUGAAGUAAACUUGACUGAUCUGUCACAGGAACUUAAUGCGCGAAUAUUUCGUCAUCUGACUGCUACAGAUCUCUGUCAUGUGGCAUUAUGUAAUCGAAUCUUGAGAGAUACGGCUAAUGACGAUGCUCUGUGGCGCCCUCUUUGUCAAAAGAAAGGAUGGGAGCGCUACGGUACAAUCUGCGAUCUUUGCAAAGAGCCUCCGUUUAAACCUUCCUCACAAGAUCAAAAGACGGGCGAAGGGGGCGCUCCCACAUUCCCUGAUGAUGUACUUGUAACCAGUUCAGACUGGCCUGGACUGGUGGAUACAUGUAAAUGGAAGGAAGUUUACAUGAAAGCAAGGCACCUUGAAGAAAACUGGAGAAACCAGCGCUUCUUCGCUGCUAAUUUGCUCUCAACUGGUUUGUCCAGUGUAGCUUAUGAAGGAGAUUGUCUAGCUGCCGGUGCAUCGUAUAGCAGUACUUUGGAGAUCUGGGAUAUGGCCAGGGAAAAGCGUCAACACCUCAUCCAACUAGACAUCAGUGGAUAUCCAGGCGCCUUGCAAAUGGAGGAUGGCAUCAUAGCUGCAGGAUGCAAGGACGGUAAGAUUCGUACUUACUCCGCCCAAACCGGAGAGCAGCUGCAAGUCAUGUCGGGGCAUCGUCUGGCCGUGUCUCGUCUCUUCUUCGAUGGAGACACAAUCGUUAGUGUCGGUCAGUAUGAUAUAGAGUCUGACGAUACGAGUCGUAGUGACAUACGAGUCUGGAGUGCUGUAGACGGUGUCUCUCGCUGUAUCCUAAAGAGUGGCCUCGAAGCGACAAACCUAGUUCACAUCGACUACAAGGACAAGAUCGUAGCUGGUGCGUACAGCGACAACAAAAUUCGUAUAUGGGAUGCACGUAAUGAUGGUUCUUGCAUGCAACAAAUCGUUUGUGAAAUGGAGAAUCUGAUUUCCUGCCAUCUGUGGAAUGGUAUCGUCAUCGGCGCGUCCAAAGGUCGUAUCGUGAAGCAAUGGGAACUGAAAUCUGGGGAAUGCAUCAAGACAUUUGAUGUACCUCUUUUUCGAGGUUUGAUACAACCUUCACAAGAGCAGUCCUACUACGUGUUCAGUGAUGAGUUGCUCGCUGUCGUUACCUUAUUUAGUGGGCUUCCCAUUGUGAAUCUAAAUGGGGAACGACUCUUGACAGUUGAUCUUUCUGACGUGAUACCUGUCUGUUUCAAGGGUAGAAAGCUGCUUACAUGGAGCAUGGGUGCAUACAAACUGUGGAUUAUCGACCCGGUGGAGCGCUUGGAUGGUACAGCACAAAUCAAUUCCAGGACUGCAUCACAAUUUCUGGGGCCAACGCAUUUCCCAUGUGCUUGGAUGAGCGAUAUCAAAAUCAUCUUUGCGCUGCAAAUGCGUGACUCCAUAGUUGACAUGUCCUCCAUUUGGGUCCGUCACUACUGGUGAACGAAUGGAGCCUUCGAUUUGUGAUGAUGAUGAUGAAGAUGUACAUGUUGGUAAUUGUGAUUGCGGCUAUAACAUUUAUUUUAUAUUUGGCUAUUGAAUAACCGCUUGCAUAAUUAGGUAACGCCUAUAGUCAUUUGCGAAAUCAGAUACGCAAAACUGCUCAUUAAAGUUUUAAAACAAGUAUUCAAACUUGAAUAUAGAAAAACAGGCAAUCUUUUGAUUUUCAAACGAGACUUUUCUCCAAAAUUUGGUGGCUGAUUCAAAAUGUGCCUUUGAAAGGUACUCUGAAUAUCCGGGCAGUAUAUUUAAUGCACGUGACUUUAUCUCCGUUCUCUAUUUCUGGUGAAAUUAAGAAUAAUGGCUGUUAUGACACUCAAGAUGAUGUACGUACUCAUUGUAGAAUUCCAUUCAUGUACGUCAUGAUUAGAGAUAUAGGAUUCUUUUAAAAUUGUUGCAACAGUCAUCAUAAAAGUCACACUUGUCUGUGUAAUAGUUGAAUUAAGAAUGAUAUUAUUCAUGAUGCAGAAAAUGACUUAUUGUAUAGUUUUAUUCAUGUACAGCAUAAUUAAACACAAUGUACGCCUUUAGAACAAUUCCAACCGGUGUUAUAAACAAGUCAGUUGGAACCGAGAUCUGCAUUUGAAAAUUUGAAAAAGUGAUGGAUAAUUUCAGUUGCUGUGUUCGCUGUUACAACAUUUUCAACAGUCGUCAUUGAGCUCCAGCCGGUUGAAACCAAAAUCUAGAAUUGUAAAUUUAAAAACAAAAUUAUGAUAGGUGCAUAAGUUUAUACUUGGGAGAUAUUUAGAAAAUGUGUCCAAUUAAUAUACAGUAUACUUCAAGAAGUGGACUUUGUACUCAAAUUGUUUACCGUUUGGUUAUAUUUUACAGGUGUCGAUUGAGCUCUAACUUAUGUGCCCAAUUCGCCCCAUAAACACUUUUAUGUCAAACAAUCUAAAAAACAACUUUGGUCAGGCAAUAAUAUCUCCCACAUUAUGAUGCAUUAUAUGUUGUAAAGUUGACUCUCUUUGAUCUCAUCGAGAGGGCGCCCUUAAUACGGGCCAAUUUUCAUACACAUGCAUGUACUGCAUAAAUUGUUAAUUCUCAUAGCCAGAACUCCUAUAUCUCAAUAAUAUUUUUUGCAAGUUUCACUGAAAAUAAUAUGGAUUCCUGUACAAAACAUAUUUGGUGUGACGACUGUUUACAAGAAUGCGCCGACGAUAAAGAGUUUCAAAAAAAAAUAAUAUGCUCAAGAAUAUUUUAAUUGAUACCACUUGUCCUGGGUCGUAACGGUUUGAAGUGAGUUUGGAUUCAUCAACGGUUUCCCCCAAAUUUACAUUUCUAUCUUCAUUCCUAUCCUACGACAUAAAAGAAUUCAGCAACGAAAGUCAUCGAAUUAAUCUGUUCUUGGCAGACGGUGCGUCACGUAGAAACAACGGAAAAUC